CGUUAUUGAGUGGACGUGGGACUCCUAUUUUAUACAAACUAUUUCACAAUUGACCACAACUACCCAAUUUAAAACAGAGCACAAGAUGUUGGUUAUCGUAGUUAUAUUAUUCUCCUUAAAAUACAUAUCCACAAUAGACACAGAGAUGGUAGUGUUGCGAGCUGUGCGCGGGCGAGACGCACGGCUGCCUUGCGGGCAAGGCAGAGUGUUCCUGGACGGGCCGGAUUCUUACGUGUUGUGGUUGAAGAACGAUCGGGACUUUCUCUACAGGUUUCCUAACGACGAUACUGAGAGACGGUCAAUAAAUCACGACCAGUUCACGACCUGUGACGGUGCGUCAUGCCGCGAUGACACGUCGCUGUUACUCAAACGAGUGGGGGAGGAGGACGGCGGCGUCUAUAGAUGUCGCGUACACUACCAGGCGUCGCCCUCAGUGGACUACGUCAUUGACGUCAGAUUAGUUGAUUCUCCCGGGACUCCCAGGAUCUACGAUGAAAGAGGAGAGGAAAUAAAGCGAGCAUACUUUGGACCCCUCAGCCUUGGCUCCGAUUUCACCCUUGUUUGUGAAGUUGACGAUGAGCAACCCGACACGUUAGUAUACUGGCGACGGAACAACGAGGUGAUCGAGCGCGCUCACUCUGCGCAUGCGGGCGUGCUGCGCGCGGAGGUGCGCGUGCUCAAUGUCAGCCGCGCCGAACUGGACGCGCACUAUGAGUGUCUCGCGCAAAAUGCUGACGUCACGGAGCCCUUGAGCGCCAGCGUCGUCGUCAAGAUGUACCUACCGCCACAAAAGGUUGAAAUCCGUCUGAACAACAACUUGGACUUCGAAGCGGGGCAGCCCCGGGUGGUGGACUGCGUGGUGGUGGGCUGCGUGCCUCCCCCGACCAUCUCCUGGCAUCUCGGAGACACCCUGCUACGGCCCAGCGCUCAUAAGGUAUUCCUCUACGAGUUCCAUGACGGUAACUACACAGUGUCGUCCCUGACGCUGGCGCCGUCUCUCAGGGACUCCAAGCAUUCUCUAGUCUGCCGCGCGCACAACUCUCACUUUGACAACGUUAUCUUCGAAGACAAAGUGACCCUUAAUGUUGGAUACCGGCCCAUCUGCCUCACGAGACGCGAGGAGACCCUCGGAGUGGUCCAGCGUGAGGCGGAGACUGUGACGUGUGUGGUGGACGCCGCGCCUGAACCGCUGCAGUUCAGCUGGACCUUCGCCGACUCCAGGACUCUGUACACGAGCGUCAAGAAAGUAGCUGGCCACGAACACCGCUACUCGUCGACUCUGACCUGGCUACCGCGGGCCGGGGACGUGGGCGCGCUGCUCUGCAGGGCUACCAACCCGUUCGGCGAACAGAAGCGCCCCUGCUCCUACACCCUCGCCCCCGGCGGCCCACCCCAGCCUCCGGACUGCGUGGUGCUGAGAGCCUACCCUGACACACUCAGGGUGCAGUGCAAAAAAGGAUGGGACGGCGGUCGGCACCAGAUCAUCCACCUGGAGGUCGUGUCCGCUGACGGCGCAGUGGUAUACAAUGUGUCCGACACAGCCGGACACUUCCAGCUGCCCGAUGUCGACGAGGACAGGAACCUGACGGCCGUGGCCUACGCGAGUAACGCCCGGGGACGCAGUGAGCUCAACACCAUACAUCUGCAUACGCUGAAACCUUUGGUUGCUUCAGUAGUGACGGAAGACACGCCCCCCCGGCCGUGGACGCGCUGGCUGGAAGCGGCGGCCGGGUCGCUGGCCGUGGCAGCUGCCGUGGCGGCCACAGCUCUCUGCAUCCGAGCCCUGAAGGCCAGGAGAGAGAACGUUGAGAACCCCGACCUGGUGCCGAGGUCUGAUGGUUCGUUCCACCGUGAGCCCGACUUCGCGAGAGAGGAGCGAGUGCUGGGCACCACUAACAUUACGGUUAACCAGCUGGCUGCCUGUCAGAAUCAAUACUCAGCGUCUCCCGUGCCGUCCUGCCGCGUGCUGGUCGGCUGUGCGCACGCGCCGGCCCCGGAGUCCUGCCCUGCCACCCAACACUCCUACUAUGUGUAACUUGAUAAAUCGUCCACCACGCAUGCAUCUUCAAAAUACUAUUCGUUGUCAACUAGUGACCACAUACUAGUAAAUUAAUCCAGUAACUCAAAAAGAACGUAAAAUUAUCUACGAAUCGACAUUGGAAAAAGUUG